AUGCCUUCCUCGUUGCUAUUUGCUCUGAACACCGAAGGACGGAUUUAUGCACUUUCCACUUCUGGUUCAGUCUGGCGUGAGUUUUUAUAUCUUGGAUUGGAAUUUAAAAGACUCUCUGCUGUACCCCAUUUUUUGUGGGCUGUUGGGGUUGAUAGACAGGUUUAUGUUCAUGUCCACGGACUAGAUGUACCUAUAAGAGUAAAGGAAGAGACUUAUGAAAAUGAGCGAUGGUUGCCCCUGGAAGGCUUCAGCAGUCGUCUGCUCCCAACAGAUAGGUACCAUUUCAGUUCUGUUGAUGGACUUGUUGAUCGUUCCAUUGACCAAAUCCGUUUACCUUCGAUGGCAUGGCAAUGGGAAGGAGAUUGGUAUAUUGAUACAACAUUAGAUGGUCAACCUCUUGAACAUGAUGGUUGGACUUAUGCAGUAGAUUUUCCAGCACAGUUUGGACCAAGAAAACAAUGGUCAUCGUGUGUUCGAAGAAGAAAGUGGUGCAGGAGAAGGAGAUACAGUGCUAUGGGUGCUUGGUGUGCUGUGGCACCUUUGCAUAGAGAUCCGACACAGGAGCCCUUUAUAGAUGUGUGCAUUGGUGGCACAGAAUUAGAAGGUGCUGCACCAGGAACUUUGCUUGUUUGGGCUGUCACUGCACAAGGAAGGGUAAUGUUCAGAAGUGGUGUGUCUGCUACCUCACCAGAAGGAAGACGAUGGACUUGUGUAGCUACACCAGCAGGUUCUGAGGCUACCAGAGUCAGCGUUGGCAGUACUGGACUGGUAUGGGCCGCUUUGUGGUCUGGAAGAGCUUUGGCCAGGGGCGGAGUUACAAGGGAUGCUCCCAUGGGUGAAACCUGGUUAGAAGUCAAACCUCCUGGUGAAGGUUUGAAAAUCACACAAGUAGCUGUCGGUUCAAAUUCUGUUUGGUGUUUGACCUCUGAUAAAAGAGUUUGGUUCCGAAAAGGCAUUUCUCCUGGUGGCGGCGAGGAAGGUGCUGUCGGUGCAGGAUGGGUAGAGAUGGUUGGAUCGAUGUCACAAAUAUCAGUUGCUAGUAACGAUCAGGUUUGGGGUAUCGGAAGCGAAGACAGAUGUCUGUAUUUUCGAUCUGGUGUAAGUGCUACAGAUGCAACUGGUAAAAAAUGGAGAUGUGUCCAGGCCAAACUUCCAAUGAGCAGAACACAGAGCAUGGCAUCUUUGGCAAGCAAUAAUAGCAGACGUAGUGUCUCAGGAAGUCCUCGAGAUAAGAAACACCACAGCUUAAUGCAAUUGAAUAGGACCAACACCCUAGGUAGUACUCCUGAGCAACAUGCUGCAUUCUCAUUGCAAUUAAAUGAUCUCGAAGAGACUUCUCAUUCAGCACCUACUGAACAUUUAUUAUUACAUGAAAAUGUUGAAAAUCAAGAUAAACAAAAGUGUCAGACGAAUCAACAAACUAAUAAUAUCAGGAAAAAUACAGCUAGGCCAAGUUCAAUGGUUGAAGAAUUUUCUGUGACUGCAAAACAUUUUGAAACACAAUUGAAGAAUCCACGAGCUUGGAGCCCUGUCAGAAGUGUUGGUUCAAUGGUUGGGACUGAAGCAAGUGCAGAUGCCGACGUCAGUGUGUUCGAUGCAGACUCUUGUGACACAAACAGUUAUGCAGGAGGAGUUCCAGGUGAUGAGGACGACUGGGCUUCUAUGUGUUGGGGCGAGGGCGGUGUCCAGGAGACUCCUGCAUGCUGGGAUGGAGUAGCUGCUGGGGCCUGUAUGGUUGAUCCUGCUCAUCUACCAAACUGGUUUAUGGAGUCGUCGUCCUCUCUUCCCCAAGUCGAGUUAACCCAACAGUGGCGUCUGGAUAUCUUGAACUCCUUAAAACAACUCAAUGCAACAGUUGAUUCCACUGAUCCCAAAUGGGAACAUUACGAAAAUGCUGCUGAAGGAGGCUCCUGGACCAAAACUGGUGAAGCCAGAUGCUGCCUAAAAGAUGACAACAUGUUUGCCGACUGUUUGCUUGAGUUGGAAUGGUUUGGAGACAGCACUUUGGACAGUGGCAGUCUGACUAUACUGAAUGCUGAUGGAGCCACAACUAUGAUUCAAAUCAGUCUAUCGGAUGUCUGUUGUGUUUGGUGCUGCAGUGAAGCUGGAUCUCCGCGUAUUGCUUUACAAGCUCCAAGAUCUUUGGGACAUGGAGCUCCUUCAAAUAAACAUUCACCACCUCCUGUAGUCUUGCAGUUUUCGGGAGAUGCUGAUAUGGAAGACUGGCUUGCAUAUCUUACAUCAGUUUGUUGUCAAAUGAACGAAGCCAGUGGCGGUUCUGGUCCUCGAUCCUUGUGGCUGACGACCAGAUUGGGCGAUGUCUUCAACUUCGACCCGGAACCCUUGGCCAAACAACAGAAGUCUCUGGCGGAGUCUCUUCGAGAACAAAAACUUGUACCAAAAUCUGUGGAAUCGGUGAAGAAGGAUUUAGUCAAUAUGAAUAUUAAUGUUAACGAAGCAUUGCUGAAGAGCGAACAGGAAGACGGAAUGAUCAAAGCGAGUGAGGAAAAUAAAGACAUUUUGUUAUCUCUAAAAACGCGUUUGUGGGAUGUCCAUAAAUAUCCUUUGAAGAUUUGUAUUUUUAUCAAUCCUGGCACGGCUGCUCCUGAUGUUUAUGUUAAUGGAACUAUUAAGAAAUUUAAAUUGCAAGAUGGUGAAAUUAUAAAUGCAUUGGCUAAAGCCUCGAAUUUUGAUCCUGUUUAUGUUUUUCCAAAGGAUGGGGUUCCUUAUGGACACAAGAAGCCUAAUGGGAGCAUAACUGGUUCUUUGAAAGAUAUAGACAAUGGUGAUGCUGACAUUGCAGCAAAUUUACGCCCCGUAAAAGACUACGGACAAAAAAACUCCGAAUUUUAUUUCCCCAGACACAAUGGACUUGGCUUUCAUUGUUCCAAAAAUGGAAGAAGCAUCCACUGUCUCGUUUUUGGAAAUUUACAGCUGACAGGACGCAACUUCGACUUGGUUGGUGUAUCCUUAUGGACAUUUGGAAACUACAUUCUGGUGUCACAACCUGGUAAAGAUUUGUUGCACGAACGUUGUUUAUAUUCUGGUUUAAUACUGUUCUCUAUGGUGAACACUUUCACGUACCAAGCUACCAUGGUUGAACACUUGACGACUAGUGUUGUAUCUUUGGACAUUUAUUCCAUGGAAGACUUGGCCAACACAAAUUUAAAAGUAGUUACUGUCACGGGUUUUAAGGAACUGUUAAAAGACAUAGCUUAUGCUGAAGACUCUCCUAAAUACUUCAUGGAUUUAUACAGCCGUCAAGAACUCAUCGACGACCAAUCUGAACUACUGAGGCGAGUCGCCGAAGUCAGGGACUCUGCCAUGUUGUACAGUUUGAUGGGUUGCAAAGUUAAUGAACUCAAUGCCAGAGAUCCUAAAACUGGUAAAAAGUUGUUGCAUGUUUUAACAGAUGCUCCUAGGAAUAGGUACAGUGCUCAUAUGAUACCAUCCCACUCGCCUUACAGAGGCAGAUUCAAUUUUGUUCUGAUGAAAAUCAGAGAGAGUGGUCUGAUGCCAAAAUGGAGAGACGAUGUUUAUUAUGAUAUAAAUAGGCAAAAGGAAGUUCGAUAUAGACAUACAAGUUCUACUGAUGGCAAUCAUAAAGUUUGUCAAAUAUCACAAUUAGGUACUUAUGCUAAAUAA